AUGGCGGGGGCUGUAGAACUCAACGCUGUUCUGACUUCCGAAGAACUUUCUACGUUAUCUGAAGAAAUAAAAAAUAAAUUAAAUACCGGGUUUGCAGCUGUAAAUAACAGAUUAGAGGAAUUGCUAUCAAAUUAUGAAAAACUCAAAGUCAAUUCAGAGCAACAAUAUGUUGAUGUAGAGAGACAGUUGACCAGCACAAAUGCCAGACUUGAGACAGAGCUGGCCACAAACAAGCGACUGCAAGAUGAACAUUCUGAACUUGAACAAAAGUACAAUGAAGCGAGCGCAAAGCUUAAAGAGUUUCAGGAGUCCCAGGAUGGCAACCUCUCAACUCAGUUGCGACUGACUCGAGUCAAUGAACAGCUGGAAUGUGAGAAGCGCGAGAUGGCCGUGGUUCUUGAGAAACGCAGCAGGGAAAUUGAUACACUCAAUGAGGAGUUACGAGAGAUGUCUACGAAGAUGUCUGAGAUGAACCUGGCCAAGUGUGAGGCCCUUGCCAAGCUCGAUGAACUAAAGAGUGGCGAGGUUCAUAGAGAGUUCCAAGUCCAGCGUCUGACACAGGAAAGGGACAAUCUUCAACAACAGGUCGAGUGGCUCAACAAUGAUUUAACAGAAAAAACUCGAGAUCUUAUGACCACAAGAAGAGAAAAGUCAACCUCUCUGCUAGAUGUACAAGCUCAGUUGGAGGAGAAGAACGAGGAAUGUAGCUUGCUUAACACAACAUUGGACACUCUCAAGAAACAGAAUGCGGACCAGGCACAGAAGAUUGACAACUUCAUCCAAAGAAUCAAAGAUAUCCAGGACAGUAACAGUCAAGGGGAGGAGCAAUACAAACAGGAGAUUAGCGCCCGCAUACGGCUUGCAGAAUUGUACAAGACUUCAUCAGAAGAGGCUGAGGCCAAGUCUCAAGAACUACUUGGAGCAGUUACUGAGCUACAAGUGCUCCUAAAAGAUGCCGCUCAAGCUCAUACAGACAUGGAGAAUGAGAAGAAUGAGGAAAUUGAAAAAGUCCAGGCAGAGCUGAGAGAAAGAGAAAAGAAGAUCAUUAAUCUUGAACAGGAACUAGUCAACGCCAAUGAUCUCCUCUCUGCCAUGAAGGCUAAAGGUGCGAGUUCAGAAAAGGUUGAGGCCAUGUUCCCAACAGCAGCAGUCACCAGUAAAGUCCUCAAAUCUGGCAUGUCCCUUACCCAGAUAUACAACGAGUACGUUCAGGCCACAGACAGCCUACAGCUGGAGAAGGACGAGAAUAAGAGAUUGAAUCUAUACUUGGACCAGAUUCUUCAGGAGAUAGAAGCCAAGGCUCCAAUGUUGAAGAAGCAGCGUGAGGACUACGAGAUUGCCCUGCGCAGCAUUGACCAGAUGACCAGACAGCUUGAUGGCGCAAUGCUGGAGCACCAGACCCUACGUUCAGAGGCAGACAACAGUCAUAGGAAGGCCAGUCACCUCCUCAAGGAAAACCAGAAACAUGAGAAGACCAUCCGUGACCUAGCUCAACAGGUGCGGUACCUGGUCAAGGAGAUGGAAGAGGUCCGUGGGGGGCGUGUGGUGCGUGAUGAGCUAUCAUCUAACGAAAUCAGCAGCUCGGCAUCUCUCAUCUCAGACAGACUGGUUACAUUCGGGAAUAUAGAAGAGCUACAGGAACAGAACCAGAAACUGCUUGCAGUGAUAAGAGACUUGUCGGGCAAACAUGAGGAAGAGGAAAACUCCGCCAUUGAUGCCAAGACUCGUGAGUUGAAGCGACAGUUGGAGGAGGCACAUGAGGAGCUGGGCCACAUGAAGGACACACGUAUACACCAGACAGAAAUGAUUGAAAGUAUUGUGAGGCAGAGAGAUAUGUACAAGACAUUACUGCAUCAAGCUAAUUCAGAAGAGGUGGCAAUCACAUCCUUCCAACAGAGUGGGGCAGGGCGCACCCCAGAUAAGGGGUCCUUAAAGAGCCCCGGGCUUGAUCGGGGAGCUCAAAAACAAGCAGAGGAGUCAGCUAAGGCCCUAAAGCAGCUACAGGAGGACUUUACCACAUACAAGAAGGACAAACAUGAAAACGAAAAGAUUAUCAAUGCACAGUUGGAUUCACAGAGGAAGGAGGUGGCUGACAUGCGGGUACAGAAUGCCAGAUUAUCAUCACAGCUUGAGUUUGCGGCCGAACGCAAUAAGGUAUCGCUAGCGAAUAUGGAAGGUUACAAGAAGGAGAUUGCUGUGCUCAGAGACAAAGUGCAGAAGUACACAGCAUCUGUGGCUAAACAUGAACAAACUAUUAAUUCUCAGAGACAGGAGCUCAUGUCAGUACAGGAAAAAUUAUCCUCGGCCCAGUCCCGGGCAGAUAGUCUGCAGUCAGAGCGUGACAUCAUUAAAUCAUCGGAGAAACGACUCCUGGAAGAGCUAGAAUGUCUCCGACGAGAACGCCACUCACAGACCAUGCUUAUGGCUAACUUACAAACAAUACAGAACAACCUGCAGAGAAGUGAACAUGAGACUCGACAUCGCCUGUCCAAACAGAUAGAGGCCCUGGAGAGGGAAAGAAAUAUGCUGCAGAGAAAGCUGGAAAUGGAGGAAAAGCAGGGCCUCACUGUCAGAAAACACUUCCAGGACCAGGUGAAAGAGGUGCGUGGAGAGAUAGACCAAGAACUAAGGGCCCAUCAGAGGACCAAAGACCAGCAAGUGGCACUCAACACAGAGAUCACUGAACUGAAACAACAGUUGAGCGUUACAACCACCAAAUUGGCAGAGGCUGAAACGCGCCUUGCUGAUGCAUCAGAUGGCUCAGUGGGAGGGGACUCGGCACGAGAUAACCGUGCACAAUUGGAGAAGGUUCAAGCUGAAGUUGCAAGCCUCACUGACCAGCUUCACAAGGCCAGACAACAUACUGAUCAGUACAAGACCAUUGCAGAUGGGUUACAGACUACCAUUUCUAAACAGAAUAAGGUCAGUGAAGAACUGAAGACAGAAAUUGAAGAGAAGUUGCGGAUAGCUGAUCAAGAGCGUGAGUAUUUGCGUGGUCGGGUAGAUGACCUAGAUACUGAGAGACGACACUUGGAGGAAGAAAAUAUCCGGGUGUCCGAGGAGAGCCAUGAGCUGAAUGCAGAACUGCGAAAGAAACUUGAAGAACUCCAGAAUGAGCUGCAAGAAGCCAAUGAGCGGCGCGAGACUGCCAUAGCCAUUGAGAUGUCAGCGAAGCAGGAAUGUGACCACCAGACAGGUAUUGCCGCCAAUGCCGAGGACAAGUACCGACAUGAACUGAUGCUACAUGCAGCCGAUGUGGAGGCUCUGUCGGCGCUCAAGAAAGAGAUGGAAGGGUUUAAUUCGCAGCUCAGUGAAAAAGAGGAAAAAUGUCAUAUAGCCGAGCAGAAACUUGCAGAUCUUCUGGUAUCCUCAGCACAUCGUGAGAAGUUGUUGACAGAAGAGAAAGACAAGAUGGCUGCCCGCCUUGCAGAUCUUAUGCAGGAAACCAAGGCCCUCCACCAGCAGAUGACCAAGCUGAGUAACCAGGUGAUCAGCAUCCAGGAUAGGGCAGUGGCCAGUCCACGGGGUAAACCUGGCAGCUCCACAACACCCGAGGAAGAUGCUUCCAAGUCCACUGAGCAGUUGUUAGAGGUGAUCAGGUACAUCCGGAAGGAGAAGUCUAUAGUUGACGGGAAAAUGGAUGUAAUUGAGACAGAGUGUUCCAGGCUCCGUCAACGCUGUGAGGCCCUGGAGAGACAGUUGGACUCCGCUAAUAAACAGCUGGGAGAGGAGCGGGAGCAGGCACAGGCUGGUAUGCAGACUGCUGCCCAGCAUGCGGAGCUGUUGCACCGUGUAGAGUCGUACAACCUGCUGCAUGACAGUAAUAAAAUGCUUCGUGAAGAAAGGGACCGCAUUCAGACCCAGCUCACACAGACUGAGGCUAAGCUGGCCAAGCUUGAGGAGACCAUCCGUCCCCUGCAGUCAGACAUGCGUGACAUGCAGGCCCAGCGGGAUGCCCUGGCUGUUGAGAAGAAAUCCCUGACCGCAGAGAUGGACCGCUGGAAGAACAGAACAAACCAGCUGAUUGAGCAGUCACAUAAGACUGACCCUGAGGAACACAAGAAACUCCUGCAAGAAAAGGAAGAGUUUAGAACGAAAAACACUGCUCUUACUGAAGAGCUGCAGAGAGUAAGGACUGACCUCACAAAAACCAACCUAGAACAUGCCAAGCUUCAGAGGCAGCUGGGCCAGCUCCAGGGAGAAUAUGCCAAACAGAGUGAGGAGGUGCAGAAGCUGACGGCAAGUGUGGAGGAGAAGGACAGUGAGAUGAAGGACAAGAUGAAGACACUCAACCAGUUGCGUCAGCUGGGUAGGAAGUAUAAGACCCAGGCUGAGGUGACCCAGAAGGAGAUGGAAGAAUUGAAGGCAGAGAGGGAGCAGAGGAAGGCGGCUGCCCAAAACCAGCAAGUGAGCACAGAACGGAUAGCAGCCCUAGAACAGCAACUGCAAGAGGCCAAAUUAAAAUGCUCAGGAUUAGAAUCCUGUCUGUCUCAAGCCCAGGCUAAACUCACUGAGGGUGAAACCAGUAUAGCUAAGGCCGCUGAUGAUAAGACCAAGUUAGAGACACAUAUUAAGGAAACAGUUGAAAAGAAACAGAGAAUGGAAGAACAAGUGAUCGGCCUUAAGAUAGAGGUCGGCCAGAUGAAGGCACAAAUAUCCAACCUAAAAGAGGAGAAUUCUGCCCUAAAGGAUCAGAUUAGCAAGCAGACGAGCGAGAUAAGUCAGCUGAAGGAACAGAAUUCAUCUCUAACAGAGAAGCAAUCAGCUCAGCCAGACACGCAGCAGCAGGAUCAGGUCAAUGAACAGAUCUCUGCUGAACUGCAGGGUAAAACAAAGGAAAUUCAGACCCUCAACGAGACACUUACUACCGUGAACAAGGAAAAAGAUGAACUGAAAACAAAGGGUGAGCGUUGUUUUGCUGCACUAAAGUCAGCCAGGUCCAAACUGGAGUCAAUGAAGGAGAUCAACAGUCAGCUGACUAGUGAGCGGGCCGACAUCAUCACAAAAUAUGGAGACGGAGGAGAGAUGAAGCAGAGAGCAUUGGAAGCUGAACAAAAGUUAUCAACUCUGGAAAGUCAGAUUGCUGCUUUGACCCAGGAAAAGGAAAAUCUGCAGAAAGAGAAUGCUGAACUUGCCACUAAAGUAGCUCAGCUGCAGAGCCAGGUAUCAGGAGGGCCAUCAGCCCAGGGCUCCCGCUCCACACCCAGUGUGGCCCAGGACAGGACCAGCUCCCCAGCAGAGCCCCCAAAGACAGCCAACAUUCGGCCCAUAUCAUCCAGCAGCCCCGCAAGUACAAAGCCUCAGACCGUCCCUGUGCCCCCACAGUCCGGGGCUUCUAAGGUGACUGCCAGUAUUCGCCCAAUGACAAUCCCUCCCGUCACUACAACUUGCACCCCUACUGCUACUGUGAUGCCCACCACUGUCUCGCAGCCGGAUAAUAUCUAUUUGGAAGAGGAGGUCCCAGGCCUGGUACAGCAGCAGCUGUUCUCCCAGCAGGCCGCAGUGGGGACAGCCAGACCCACCCAGCAGGUCCACAGGCUAUUACCCACUCCUGAGACUACGACUGUAGAACGCGUCCAAGAGCACCUCCAGGGUCACUCUGACCGGGCGAGCUAUGUGGAGCCCCAUCAGUCUACUUCCUGGGAGCCAGCACACCCGCAAGUCAGGGACACACCAGGGGGUUCUUCCCAGCACCAGAAUAAAAGAACGCGAGAUGAGAGCAGCCCAGGUGAAGAUCUGUGUGUGAAGAGAAGCAAGGUAACAGUGGCCGAGGUCGAAGUUGCCCCAGAAGUAUCGGAAGAGGCCCAGCCCCAACAGGACGGUAUUCAAGUGGUAGAGGUGGCCCCCACCCCUGCAGUAGACCAAGCGGCCCAACAGGCCAUUGAGGAGGGAGAGGGAGAUGAGGAUGUCGAGAAUGAAGGAGAUAUGGAAGAGACUGAAGAAGGUGAGGAGGAACAGGCAAAUGAGGAGGAGACACAGGAGGAAGAAUCAGAAGAUGAUGAUGCCAUUAUUGUGGUUGGAUCAGACGAUGAUGAUGAGACGCAGCAAGAGGAAGAGGAUGAUGAAGAUGAUGACAAUGACGAUGAAGAACAAGAAGAGCAACAAGAGGAAGAUCAGGGUAUGGAAGAGGAGGAAGAGUAUGAAGAGAGACAGGAGGAUGAGGAGGAUGACGGAGAUGUAGAUAUCUAUGCGGGGGUCGGACAGGAGGAAGAGAAUGGGGAUGAUGGGGGACAGAGAGAAGAGGAAGAAGAUGAUGAUGUGGUCAUCAUUGGUGACGAUGAUGAUGACGGUGCCCUGAGCUCACAAGAGAUUGGCUCCCAGCCCGCAAGCCAGUCGACCUCUAUGGCAGAGCUGGUUCCCCCUAUUGCACCACCAGAGAGGCAGUUCUCAACAGGAGGGACGGGGAACCUGUUGGCACCAUUUAUGCUUGGCUCUGCCCAGACUGGGUUUGAAGACAUGGAUGAUUGCACGGUGCCCAGUACCCCCACGUUACAUGUGCCCCGCCACGGGGACGGGUUUGCUGAGGCGAUUCACUCCCCACAGGUGGCCCAGAGGUUCGUGUUUGGCAGUGGGAGCGGGGAGCAGCAGAGACUGACACUGUCUGGACUCGCUCAGUUGGAGAACCAACCAGGCCUUGGUAUGGGUAUGGAUGAUACACGGAUGGACUUAUCACAGCUGGAUGAGGGGUCAGGUAGAAGUGUCCCAUCAACUCCACUUCCUACAUCGGCCCCAGUGACAAUCAUCACGGAGGCGGAGCCAGUGACUGGCCAAUCAGACAUGAGCGUUCCAGGCAGCAGCCAACCAGAGGCCGGCAAUGAAGAAGGGGCUGAGCAAGAAGGGGAACAGUUUGAAGAAGAGCUUGAUGAAGAACAUGAAUUUGAGGGUGAGCAAGGAGAUGAAGAUUCCCAGGAAGACUACCCUGUGAUGCAUUCAGUGCAGAACAUUGAUGAUCUUAACACUGAUGAUGAGGAGGCAAGCCAAGAAACAGGUGAGAGAGCGGAAGGUGGUUUCCCUGAUAUGAGCAGCAGUAAGGAGGACUCAUCCACAUCAACUGAUAAGCCCUCAGAUCCAAGACCAAGAAUUCAAAGGAUUGUGUGGCAGGAUCCAUCGCCAACUACAACCGCUACAGGCCCCUUACCGUCUGCCAGUCAGCCGAUCCAGUCAGUUCCCAUUGGUCAGUUCCGGCGUGGAGGUCCACCAAGGGGCAGGGUUAGGGUCCCCACUGGAUCCCUACGUGGGGCUAUACAAGGGGGUUUCCAGCAGAGAGGGGGUCCUCGGAGACCAAUGAGGAGCCGUGGAGGGGGCCCGUUCCAGAGACGGCCCAACAUGUAUUGAAGAAAAAUGACAUUGAAGACUCAUUGUAAAUGAGUUUACUUUAUAUGUUGUAAUAAAUGAAGUGUACAGGAGUGCCGUUGCAUUAAAUGGGUGACAGAUCAUCUAUGCUGAACAUUUUUGAUGAGAUGAAAAAUAAAUAAAAAUUGUGAAUUAAAUGGCUGAUUUUUUUAUAUUUUAACAAUCUAUGUUGAUGUGUAACAAUGUCUUUAUAAAUUUAUGCAUUUCCUUUCAAAUUUGAAAGUAAUGUAUGAGCUAUUACUUGAUGUUUGUCGAACAUGUAUUUGAUAUCUUUUUAGUGAGGGAAAAAAUGUUUCUAUUUUGCGAAUGUCAAUGUUUAUUAUUUUAUCAGUAGCACCCUUUUUGUAAAUGUGUUGGAUAUGAAUGACAAACUCUGCUACAUGUGUUCAAAUGCUUAUACAUUUGUAUUCUGUCAAAUGUGUAUUAUAGUGAUCAUUUUAAAGUAAAGGUGAAAAAUAAAGAUGUGUUAUGGGUUAA